CAAACUAUUUCGCCCACGCCAGUGUUUGCUUCUGCUCUCGCUCUUCUCUUGCCAUUUUUUUCCUCUGUUUGACAACAGUGACGUUAAACUGCGUUAAACGCGGAGUUUUCACCGACGGUUACGAGAACGGGGAAGAUGGUAUUCAAUGUCGAUAGGAAUUGAAGCGUAGCGGGCAUUCGGUUCCCAACGGGACUUGGAUGGACAGUUUAGGUUAGGUUAGGCGGGGUCGCGAUUCUCCGCCUCCGUUGUCAAUCGUCAACAUCGGACUCGUCGGAGGCGACGGUCACGGCUUUGUUCGUCGGCGUUCGCUUCGGUCGCUAUGUACUCGACGAAAACGCCGACUCUGCGGAUCGACGAGGCCGAUCUGAAAUGCAGAAACGGCUGCGGAUUUUAUGGCAACGCCGAAUGGGAGGGCUACUGCAGCAAAUGCCACCGGGAACACCUGCAGAAACGACGGGCUCAAGCUGAGCGAGUGAUCCACGCGCAGACCUCGGAUGCCGACAACGUCAAUCGAUCGACAAGUGCUGGAAGUCACAAGAGUUAUGAGGAAAAGAAAGUACAGCAGGAGAAGAAGUACAAGUUGUUGAACAUUUCAUUCAGAAAACCUGUUGCGAAAGUUCAGGGAUAUCAGGAAUUGUAUCACGAGCUGCUAAAGGACAAUCCAGAUCUCGAAAAGGUCAAGGCGGAAAAUCGAGACUUGCUGUUGUAUAUAGCCAAGACGCCGGUGGAGAAGGAUGUGAGAAAAUGCAUACAUUCGUUUGUAGUAGACAUACUCCAGAACAAGGAUGUGAAAAGGAUAGAAGAACUGUCGGAAAUAACGCAAAACUUUUACCAUGUGUUUGGAAAGCGUCUGGAGAACAGCACUAAAUACGCAGAUAUAUCUCCAGAUAUUAAAGAGAAGUUAUUAGAUUAUGUCGAAAGGUAUGCUAUGACCUUGUUGUACAGAAUCCUUUUCUGCCCUCCGUUUACGACGGAUGAAGAGAAAGACCUGGCUAUACAGAAAAGGAUACGGCAAUUAAAUUGGGUUAGUGGUAAAAAUUUGGAAUGUAGGAUUCACGAGACAAGCUCGGAAGUUAGGGAACUUGUGUAUACAUCUAUUACAGAUCUUUUGAAUAUGGAUUCCGCUAAGGCGCCGCAAGAAAAACUUGCGUGUGUUAUUCACUGUUGUAGAAAUAUAUUCUUGUUGUUGCAACAAUCCGUCGACGGACCAGCAUCUGCCGACGAAUUCCUUCCGGCGCUCAUAUUUAUCGUUCUUAAGGCUAAUCCCGCGCGUCUUAAAAGCAAUAUAAAUUUUAUCACGAGGUUUUGCAAUGCCAGCAGACUAAUGACUGGAGAAGGAGGAUACUACUUUACGAAUCUGUGUUGUGCAGUGUCAUUUAUCGAAAACUUAACUGCGGAAUCCCUGAAUAUGGCUGAGAAGGAUUUUAAUGCAUACAUGUCGGGAGAAUGCGUGCCAGCUAAUACAUGGGAAUCAGCUCUGAUGAUAUGCGAAAGCUUGCACUUCAUGUGCGAAGAUAUAACUUUAUUGGAUGACUUACAAGCUAAGAAUACCGACAUUAUAAAGCAAGCGGAAGAACUGAAAAACAAAAUGAUGAAUUUCAAAGAGAAGAUUAGAGAGGAUGUGAAUAAAGUGAUUGAGAGGACGCCAUUGCUAAUAUCUCAUAGUCAGAGAGUACCUACUAAUUUAGAUAGCGAGGAUAUUGAAAGUUAUCAGCUACCACCACCAAUUAUUCCGCAGAUAUAUCCACAUUCUAUCGAUAACAUGAAUGGCGGUGUAAUGACGGAGCUGUCGAAUGAUUUAAUGAGAACGUCGUUAGUAGAAGAUUCCGUAACGCCAUCGCCAACAUUCGACUUUCCAUCCUUCAUCGGCGACGACAGUCUGGAAGUUAGCAAAUGCGAGGACGAAACUAGUCUUAUCAGUUUAGAUACUCAGUCCGAUCUUGCGUCUGGCGAGACACAGCUCUUUAAGAAACAUAUGACAGACAGCUUACUGGACGAGUGUCCGACACCUGAAGCGAAUCUACCACCAGUUUUGAAACCAAUUAGCUCGGAAGAUUAUCACGGGUUUACGAUUCAAGGAUCAAAUAUACCGACAAUCCCAUGCAGCACAGGUGAUUCAUCCUUAACUCCGGCCGACUUGGAUUCUGAUAAUUAUUCCGGUUAUUAUCAAAACAUGUAGUAUUAAUUAGAGAAACGUGAUCCAAGUAAUAUUUAUGCGAGAAGCAUUUAAUAAACUUGGAUUGCGGUAGCGAUUCAGUUAA